GAGAGAGAGCAUUUAUGUAUUUCCAGUAAUGCCCCUCCUUGUCCUUGGUUGUGAAUUGUGAUAUAACUAAACUCUCCAACUGUAACUGUAAGCGUACACUCUCUCUUCUCUUGUCUUGUCUUGUGGGAUGGCUAAGACCAAGACCAAGGGCAAGGUUAAGGUUAAGCGCCCACGCAACACCAUUCCUUCACAACGAACCUCCAUCUACCGAGGCGUUACAAGGCAUCGAUGGACAGGUCGAUAUGAGGCUCAUUUGUGGGAUAAGACUUGCUGGAAUCAAUCGCAGACCAAGAAAGGAAGACAAGUGUAUCUCGGGGCAUAUGACGAGGAAGAUGCGGCAGCACGUGCCUAUGACUUGGCAGCAUUGAAGUACUGGGGCCAAGACACCCUCCUCAAUUUUCCCCUAUCAAAUUAUGAAGACGAGCUUAAGGACAUGGAAGAUCAAUCUAAGGAAGAAUACAUCGGAUCCUUAAGAAGAAAAAGUAGCGGCUUCUCUCGAGGAGUCUCAAAAUAUAGAGGCGUCGCAAGACAUCAUCACAAUGGAAGAUGGGAAGCUCGAAUUGGCAGAGUCUUCGGCAACAAAUAUCUAUACCUCGGAACUUACGGUACAGAAGAAGAAGCAGCGAUGGCGUACGAUAUGGCAGCCAUAGAGUACCGUGGACUUAAUGCGGUUACAAACUUUGACCUUAGUCGUUAUACGAAUUGGCUACGUCCAAAAGCCCAAGACGAAGCCCAGUCUGAAGCCCACAACGUGAGCCCAAGUACAAGCGAGAUCACAAGACCAUCAUCUGGGCCUAUUUUUGAGUCAUUGAAAUUGAAAGAAAUGGUACAGGAUUGCCCUCCACCCUCAAAGUCAAAGUCAAACCCUCCUCCUCGAUCAUUCCCUGAAGAUAUUCAAACAUUUUUUGAAACUCAAGAUUCUGGAAUCUACGCAGACACUGAUCAUGACAUUAUAUUUGGUGACUUGACCUCCAUUCAUUCACCAAUUUUUCAUUUUGAGCUUAAUGCUUAGCAUAAACAAACUAUGUCGUUGCUUAGACAAUAUAUGCAUGCAACAUUCUCUAAUCCUUUUGUAUAACCUCAAGGGAAAAAAAAGAAACACGUCUACUAUUUUUUAUUGGUUGUUAUAAUUGAGAUAAAACGAAAUUUCAACUUCAA